AAAGUGGAUAGACCAGUUCGGUCAGGGCGUGGAAAGAGAAACUAGAGAACCAUCUGGUGAGCAUGCGCAGUUCAGCUCAGAGAAGUUUCAGUCUCCGCUGCGGCAGCAACCAACCAUGUUGAACUUCAGGUUCCUGUCUGCAAAUUCGGUGAAGGUGGUGGGAUUAAUAUUUGCCUCCAUGUUUGCCUGGUACUUGGGCUAUUUCUUUGCCGAAAUACUACCUGAAGACUCCAUACAGACUGCCAUCGGAAGCGUGCAACGGCUGGGAGAAAAACCUGUCAUCAAAGCCCCGCUGCCGGUGAAACAGAAGUGUGCCGUGUGGAGGAAAUGCCAACCAACCGAGGUCGUGUACAGUAUACGAAGUGCUGGCGCCAAGCACAUCUUACCCGUGAUAUGUCUGGAAGAUGAGAUAUUACUAGGCGGGCCUAAGGAGACCGGGAGCAGAGGGUUCAACUUCGUCAUCAUCAACCCUAACACCCUGAAAGUCAUCGACACCAAGACAUUUGACAUGUACGAAGGAGAUUUCACCGGACAGAUGGUCGAGUUUAUGAACAAGAUCCCUGAUAAGUCCAUUGUCAUGGUGGCCAGCUAUGAUGACGUAAAUACCAAGUUAAACGAUGCUGCGAAGAAAGCAUUUGAAGACCUCGGCAGUAAAGAAAUCCGUAACUUAAAAUUCCGAUCCGGGUUUGUUUACUUGGCUAUUAAAGGUGGCAGCCUUCCUGUGGAAGCUGAAAAAGAAAAGAUCAUCCACUCGGACAAUUCCAAGAACAGAUACAGCGGCUGGCCGGCAGAAAUCCAAAUCGAUGGUUGUUUACCGAGACAAUAAACUGCAAUUCUUGUACAUUUCUGUAUAUUUUAAGUUAAAAAAAGAAAAGAAAAGAAGACCGCAAAAUAGACAAAGGGAUGACAUUUUAAUUCACAUUUCCAAAUCCGAGGAGAAACGUGUGGAAGAAUGGGAUUAAAUCUACAAUAAUCAGGAAAUUCUUAAUGAAGCCGUAUCCAAAAAAUACUGUUAUUUUUUUUUAUUAUUAUACUGGGAAUCUGGGAACUUUUUUUUUCUUUUUUUUCUUUUAGACCUGUGUACAGUAGAAUUUAUUUGUAUAUUUGGUGAAAGUGUAUUUUACUACUGACUGUAGAUAUUAAUAUAAAUGAACUACUAAGAUUCUUGAAUGAAUAGUCAACAGGUUGCCUUACCCAGAAUCCUUUGCACAAAGUUGGGUUCAUUGUAUACACUGGAAAUCUAAAGCAUUUGAUCACUUUAUCCACUUGCUGGCAGGUUGUUUUUGCCGUGGUAUUCUGGAGUGGCGUUUAAAAAAAAAAAAAA